ACUGAUCAAUUUUCCAUACAUGGAUUCUUCAUAUUUCCAAUACCCAUACUCUCAAUUCUCUCCCCAAUCAUCUUCUUCCUUGGUUUCUCAAGAAACAUUCAGCCAAUCCCUUCCUUUCAAUGAAAACGACUCUGAGGAGAUGCUUCUCCUGGGAGUUCUAAACCAAGCAGCCCCUGAAAGCUAUCAACGGAGCCCUAGAGGCAACGAAGUGAGCUCGAAAGCGAUCAACGAAGAGAAAAUUUCGUAUAGAGGAGUUCGAAAGAGGCCAUGGGGGAAAUACGCAGCUGAAAUAAGGGAUUCGACGAGGAAAGGUGCGAGGGUUUGGCUAGGAACCUUUGAUACCGGCGAGGCUGCUGCUUUAGCCUACGAUCGAGCUGCAUUGGCGAUGCGAGGUUCCAUGGCUAUACUUAAUUUCCCCAUGGACAAAGUGUAUCGAUCACUCGAAGAAAUGAACUAUGGAUUCGAAGAAGGGUGUUCGCCAGUUUUGGCAAUGAAGAAAAGGCACUCCUUGAAGAACAAAAGAGGGGUGGUGAAGAAGGUAAAGAAAGAAAAUAGGGUGGUUUUUGAGGAUUUAGGAGCUGAUUACUUGGAACAACUUCUUACUAUAUCUGAUAAGCCUUACUCUUUUUGGUAAUUUGGGUUUCUGAAAUCAAUUAUCAUUGUUUUAUUGUAGUAUCUGUA